AUGGUACCUCUCACGGUCUUGAAUGAAUGCAAAAACAAAACGAUUGAAGUACACACAUCAGAUCAAGAUGUAUAUACGGGUGUUUUGUACGACUUUGAUAUAUACGUGAAUAUAAGCUUGCGAAAUGCCGAAUAUCAUGAGCUUGGAGCGAAAAGCAGGGAGCUAAUCGGAGAUACAAUUAUCCAGGGAAACUUUGUGACGUUUGUGAAGAUAAUUUGA